AUGUCUCUAGAUCUCGUUAUCCCGGACUCUUCCUACUCGAGGAACUGGGGACUUUUUUCGACAUCAACGAGGAAGGUCCUUAAGGCAAACCCCUCAGGGCAAACCCCCGCCCGCGUUUUCCGAAACAAAAAUCUUCUCGUUAAAUGGGGCACAGAAGUGAAGAUCUCUGAAGCUCAUAGUCUUUUUGCUAUCGGCCAGUUCGACGAUAUCCCGGUACCGCAGGUCUUCGGGUGGUCCAUUGAUGGAGGCGAAACAUUCAUUUUUAUGGAAUAUCUUCAGGGUCAAACUCUAGAGCAGGCAUGGGACUCUAUGGACGUGAAUCAUCGUAUCUCGGUUUGCCAUGAGCUCCGGAAGAUCAUUGAUGCUCUUCGUCAAAUCAAGCAGGACCCUUCAGACCCUUUUAUCGGUAUGUACAAUGACUCUAAUGUCAGAAGCAAACACGUCAACCUACUGGGCUUUCACCAAUAA